UCAAAAUGUCGCCUAUAUUUGACUUCCUUAGCUCUAUAUUGCGGCGAAGGCUCAAAUGUUUAAUUGAUGUUUCACACUAUGUGCUCCUUCUUCUGCUCUGCGGAUGCGGAAUUUUGGUUCGCUUUGGAGUUGAUCACCAAGAAAAGAUGACAUCUCUCCGCCAGGAGCCAGAUCAUUUUCCUAGCAAUCUAGGAGAUCUAACAUCUCUCCGCCAGGAGCCAGAUCAUUUUCCUAGCAAUCUAGGAGAUCUAACUGACUCUUACCCGCCAUGGAAUACGUCUAUCCCUAACAACAAUGAUGGAAGAUGGUUGCAUAAUUUAUGCUGUCAGCUGAAAGGAUGGUUCUUCUGGAAGUUUUUCUUUGUCGUGCCGUUGACGGCAAGAGCUGUGAGAUGGUUUUUUAUAAACCGUCAUUAUAAGAAGAUUUCAAUCGCAGCUCUUUUUGAGCUCAGGGCACAGGCUGCCGAAAUCUCAAAGACGUAUAAAAUCAGAAGGAGAUCUUACAGGAUUUUGAGAUCAUUCGUACGUAUUUGGUGUCGACCUUUCCGAAAAUAUAAAAAAUCUCGACAAACUAGUCGAAUGAGGAAAUCGGCUAAAAAAUAUUUCAGACAGGCUUUAAAUCGAAGACAUCGAAUCAAUUCGAAAAACAGAAUAAUUCAAAGAAAUCGGUUUCUACAAAUUGGCGACGUUAACACACAAUAUGGUUCGCAACAUUCAGAAAGGAAGGCUGACGUAUCCUUUAACCAAGCCAAUGUCGCAAACGCUCAACCCGGGUUUUCAAGAACGGAAGAUUUGCCCAACGAGGCAAACAUUUCUGAUAACGAUAAUUCAGAGAAAAUUGCAGAAAAAAAUUUCAAUGAGUCUUCGCGAAUAUUUGGUGUUGGAAACAAAUCCAUGCACGAACCACCAUUCAAAUCCGAUGAAUCAGACAAUUCAUCGAUUCGGAAGCUUCAUGUGCAUGUAGAAAUACCUCGUAUGAUGGACUCUGACCCAUGUUAUACGGAUUCCCCUGUCUGUAAAUCGUCAUGUCCAGUUUCUUCCACUGCAUCGGGCAGUUGUGGCAGCAAUAUUUCGAGAGAAUCACCAUGCGACCGCACAAAUUACCGGAACUUGAAUGAGCAAGAACAAUCUCAGGACACAGAAAUGAAUGAAUCCGCAACAUCCCGUCAAUCAGACGAAUCUAAGUAUUCAGCAUUGUGCCUCUCAGAAAUAUCCACUGGUGUUUCUCAAAGCCUUUCGGAGUGCGACCUCCCAUCCAUGGAAUGGUCGGACGAGGAUGACGAUAAUUCUGUGAAUUUCAACAGGUAUCAAGACGAAGAACCUCGUAUCACUUCUCCCGGCUCGCAUGAAAAAUUAAAAAUUAUUCCCGAGUACCUGAAAAGACGAAAGACUAGCGGAAACGAUUAUUUGAAUGAAGUAUCAUCAGCUGGGAGCCAUUCAAGUAAUGGAUACCGUGACUGUUCUCCCGGUAGAAUCGAAUCAUUCGGGGGACAACACAAUUUUUCCAGUUCAUUAAAAAAUUGUAAACAGCGCAUUCCGUCCUUAUGUUCUGGAAUUUUAUUCCCUUCAGCGGGAAGAAGAAUUGAACGAACCCGAGAUGGAAAACACAAUCCAGCGCCUAACUCGCCAAUUCGAAAAGCGAUCGCCAUCAAAAUCCCCAGCGUUCCCAAAAAGAGUGAUUCCGAAUAUGAAUCUGACACCGCCAGUAGUGGCGUGGUGUCAAGUACGGUGACAAGGUUUGGAGAGCCCAAUGAGAAUAAAGAUAUGGAAAAUCAGUGUUUUUCGGAGAGUUGCAACAAGUCAUAUGAUAAUGCCAAAAUGAUAUAUCCGACGGGUUUUGUGAAGCCAUUUACCGUAACGCCAACUACUACAAUGGCACUUUUAAAGGAUAACAGAAUUGGAGGUUCUUCACACACGAUUUCCACACCAAACAUCGAUGAAAUGAAAAUUUCGCGCAGGAAAAAAUUCAAAGAUUACGCUGAGAUUUAUCAUCCAUCGAGUGAAAGUGUUCGAGAAAAUAACAAGCAUUCUCAUACAAAAGUUCAAAAUGACACAUCAGAUGAAAUCAUCGGGAAUCGAGAACAGGAUGAAUUUGAGUCAAAAUCUCACACAGUGGAUGAAACACAAGAUAUUGAAAAAGGAAAUGGAAUUAUUUCCUGCGAGGAAAACAUUGCAUUUGAGCUCAAGAAUGACCUUGAGUCGAUUCAUCAUAAGUUAAAGAAAAUGGAUCAACGACAAAGAGAGGAAUUUAUUUCUGAAAGUGAAACUAGUAUUUAUUGGAUUCUGGAGAAAUUAAAACAAGAGAAAAGUAGACUUGAUGAAAUGGUAUUUUCAAAAAAUUCACCCAAAAAAGAAUCUGUGCCAAGGAAACAAAAACUGAAAAAUCCGUUUCGGUGGAUCCGAUCAAAAGUUUCCUCAAAUUUGCAUAAGAAGGACGAUGACCAUUCAAAGAUUCUACUCUUAUCAUCACUGAAAAAAGUGGAAUUGAGAAUGGAAUUGGAAGAAAAUCGACUCCAAAAGCAUAGAAAACUUCUAUCACAAAUUGAAGAAGAAGAGCGCAAAAGAAAAUCGAAAGCUCGUACAGAAAUAUUAAAUCUGAAGAGAUGCAUUGUAGAAAACACGAAACGGGGAAUGGAACUCCGAAAACUUAUUAUAAACAGCAAACACAAUGAUGAAUCAGGAAUCCACUGCCACGAUUGUAUGUUCAAUCUACAUGCAAGCAUUUGGAAAGAAUCAAUCCCUGUUUUUGAAAAUCCAAUUCUAAAUGAAAUUGAUGGAUUUCUUCCUUGCUGCCCCACAGUGAUGGUAAUUAAUAUGAAGUAUGAAAAUCUGGAACUUGACAACAAUGACAUUGAAAUUGAUCUAAAACUAGACAGAGUGAAAAAAUUGCAAAAAGAAAUUCAACACGGAUUAUUCAGAAAAUCUUAUUUACAGCAUGGGCGAUUUACGAUUAAUUUAUGA